GUUGGCACUCCUGGACAGUAUAAAGCCGCCGGGUUAAGGGAGGUCUUAACCUAGUGCCGCGCCAGCAUCGAUAGAGGUGAACGAUGGGGAGCGAAAAUGAGAGCAACAGUCUCGGGAGGAUGUGUGGCUGGGAGAGUGGGCCGGACCCUUCCCUGCAUUCUCAUUUUCUCUCGCAGUGCCUCCAAUUAUUGAUUGACAGGGCUGUCUUCGGGGGUACCGACAGGUCAAAUAAGGUGGUUGACUGGGUCGACCCGGACGAUCUCAAAGAGAAGCUUGACCUGGUUCUGGAGGAUACAGGAGUGACCCAGGCUGACCUCCUCAGGCGUCUACGGGAUGUGGUCAAGUACAGCGUCAAAACGGGACAUCCGUACUUCAUUAAUCAGCUCUUUUCCAGCAUUGACGUCUAUGGCCUCGUUGGACAGUGGGUGACCGAUGCCCUAAACCCCUCUGUCUACACAUACGAAGUAGCACCGGUCUUUACACUCAUGGAAAUUGAGGUACUGAAAAUGAUGGCCAGUUUCGUAGGCUACGACCAACACGACGGCCUCUUCUCCCCCGGAGGAUCAAUGUCAAACAUGUACGGGAUGCUUCUGGCCAGAUACUACCGGUUUCCCCAGGUCAAGACACGCGGUGUGAGUGGACUGGGCAGGUUGGUAGCGUUCUCUUCCAUCGACGCCCAUUAUUCCAUUGCUAAGGCGGCCAUGACUAUGGGUCUCGGGGCUGACAACGUCGUUCUCGUCAAUGUCGACGAUGAAGGGAGGAUGGACAUCAACCACUUGAAGAAAUGCAUCGCUAAAUCUCGCCAAGAAGGAGGAAUUCCAUUCAUGGUGAACGCGACUGCUGGCACUACUGUUCUUGGUUCCUACGACCCCCUCAUGGCCAUAGCGGAUGUCUGUCAAGCCGAAGGACUCUGGCUUCAUUGCGAUGCUGCUUGGGGUGGAGGCGCCCUCAUUUCAAAUAAACACAAGCACAAACUCACUGGGAUACACAGAGCCGACAGCAUCACCUGGAACCCGCACAAAAUGUUGGCCUCACCUCAGCAGUGUUCCGUUUUCUUAACGAAACACACCGGUCUCCUUAAAGACUGCAACUCCGCCAGUGCCGCUUACUUGUUCCAAAAGGACAAAUUUUACGACACAAGUUACGACACUGGAGACAAACAUCUACAGUGUGGCCGCAGAGCUGAUGUUCUGAAAUUCUGGACCAUGUGGAAGGCAAAGGGAACGAAAGGGCUCGAGAAACACAUCGAUCACCUGUUCGAAAUGGCACAUUUCUUCACUGAAACAGUUCGUGAAAGAGAAGGAUUCAGGCUGCUCAUGGAACCACAGUGCACUAACGUAUGCUUCUGGUACGAACCUCCUUCCUUGCGUUCGGAACGUUCGAAUCCCAAGUACAACACGCUUCUCAAUGCUGUGGCGCCAAAAAUCAAGGAGAGGAUGGUCAAAUCAGGCAGUAUGAUGGUGACUUACCAACCGCUUCGUGGCAACCCCAACUUCUUCAGGCUGGUUCUGCAGAACUCUGUCGUCAAUAAGGAUGACGUCAAGUACUUCGUUGACCAGUUCGAAGCCCUUGGCAAGGACCUGUGAGGAGGGAAAUGAGAUAAUCAGUUACCUGUGCUAUGCAACUAGCACACGAUAAAUGAAAACCGAAAAGCAAAUUACAAAACUGAUGUUAUACAGCACUGGUCUGUGAACGGCUUCACUUACAUUGAUAACUUUACAGAACAAUUAUAAUGACUGUACUUGUCUCUAAUUCAAGUAUGGUGAUCAAACAAACUUUGAAAAGGCUUUAUAUCAAAUCUAUCAUAAUCUCUUAUUUUGUUCUUAUACCAUAGUUAUUACUGUGAUGUUGUUCUACCAAAACAAAUCAAUAUUCUUAUAUGCGUUUUGUAUUGUUUCGUAGCAUUGUAUAUCCAAGUUCGAAGUCAAACCAAACUAGAAGUAGAUAUUCGGUAACUGCGUCCAAGUGAUGGUUUCUUGACAGUGAAUGAUACAGUAGGUUCUUCCUCAGAUAAUACAUUUCAUUUAUGAAAAUAUAUCAGUCUCCAAGGAUAAUUUCGCAAGAAAUUUACGCAGAACGGCUAUUGCGAAAUAUAGUGUUCCCUUUAACAGCAGAUAAAAGCAUGAGGUUGACGUAUUAUUUACCAUUGUAGAUUUAUUUAUUCUCGAAUCAUAAUACCCUAAAGAGUAAAACUAAAAGAGAUAGUUCCACUCGAAAUAAUAUUCACACGAAUUAUAGUCAGUCACUCUUCUCAAAACUGUGUAAUCAGUUUUUCCUUUUCAUCCUUUUAGAAUUUAUGUACUAUAAUGGAUUUCUUGUGAAAAGGGAACGUUAAUAUCAUUAAUAUCUGCAAUGUUAUGCUGAACACUCAUUUCCCAGAAUUUUCAUUUUUUAUUAUGGCCAAACGUUAUAAUCAUUCAUUCUUCUAUUAUGUAUAAGAGGUUCAAAUUCUGAGCUUUCACACGGCUGGCCAGGAGUCGUUCUUGAUUUAAAAUUAUAACUUAGUUACAAAUCAUGGAUAUAUCUGAAAAACCGAUUAACAUCACUCCAGGCGUCUUGUUUACGACCUAGUUUCUCUUCCCGAAAUGAUUGUGACCGUAUUUGUUGUCUUCAACGGAUCACUUACAGCGUAUGUUUGUCUCUUGGCUCGGGGCGUUCCAUUCACUUGAGCCUGUAUUACUUUCUCUUCAAUAAUUGUUACAUUCUUCCUUUGGGCUUUUUUUUCCCAAUUUAUCUUUUUACUUGCAUUUCUGUUCUUGCCAUUCUACCGUUUCCCCCAAAAUAUGGAUGGAAAUAUAGAAACUUUAUUUCAUUUUCUUGAGUUGACAGUAAAUACACGUAGCUGAUACCACUGCAACCCAAUGUGCCCAGCAGCAAGAGUAGCUAAUCACAAGUAGCUUCUAUGAUAUCACCCUGCGUCUAUUUACAGUUAAACGACUAUAUUCUUUAAUAAUUAUAAGAGAAGAAUCAGCCUCUUGUUUCGUACUGAAUCUUUCGUGUAACAUUGCAAGUGUCAGUUUGCUGAACGGAUAUGAUCAGAACUCAAGGGAGGGGACGGGGUAUUCCCCUCCCUAGGAUAAUCAGGGUGAAAAUCGUCCCACAUUCAUUCGUGUCUCUCUCUCUAUCAUAUAUAUAUAUAUAUAUAUAUAUAUAUAUAUAUAUAUAUAUAUAUAUAUAUAUAUAUAUAUCGAGCUACAAUGUCCUUUAAUAUCUAAUUCGCUCUACCUCGGAAUUAAUAUUGUUUUCAUAUAUGCUUAACCGAAGGGGAAUUUUUUCUCGAUAAUAGAUUUGCCUGGACCAGGGCGCGAACCUAUGGAUCCUUUCAAACCCAGGAACGUCAGUGAAGCUUUACCUACUACACCACCGCGAGAGGCUAAUUUAAUAUCUAAUUCGCUCUACCUCGGAAUUAAUAUAUUUUCAUAUAUGCUUAACCGAAGAGGAAUUUUUUCUCGAUAAUAGAUUUGCCUGGACCAGGGCGCGAACCUAUGGAUCCUUUCAAACCCAGGAACGUCAGUGAAGCUUUACCUACUACACACCGCGAGAGAGGACAUUGUAGCUCGAUAUAUGUAUAUGAAUCACGGAAAUGUGAUAUGACUUAUAUAUUAUAUAUAUAUAUAUAUAUAUAUAUAUAUAUAUAUAUAUAUAUAUAUAUAUAUACACGACACGGUUGGAAAGACAUAUUCCACUUCGCUUUUACACGAACCUGAUAAUAUAAACUGAAACACAUUUUAGACUAUACGUAUUUUUGUUGCUCUUACAUUUAUAUAUAUGAAAGACGUAUCCAGUAAUAUUAUUCUGCGCUAUAAAACUCUUCCCAAGUUUAUAGUAUCUAUCAGUAAAAUUAAGUAUUUAUAUACUUCAUAUAUUUUUUUCAAAGAUGUGUAUAUUUUUAUGUGAAUGUUGUUGUACGACGACGGUAAUGAUAAUGAAAAAUUAAAAUUUUAGUACUGAA